AGUUCAAGGCCGGCGUCCGUUCCAUUGAAGAGAAAUUUUAAGCGAUGCAACUUACUUCUUGGGGUGGAACACUCAAAGUGAUUGUACGGAGAUCAACCUUUUGAUAGGAUUCGAUGCAAGGGGGCGCUAUCGGCGAUAAUUCGUGCCUCGUUAAUAACUAAACGAUUGACGGAGCUAGUCGAGUUGGAAAGGUAGAAGAGGUAUCUGUGGUGUCCACUUGGAUCCAUUUACAAGAGGAAAAGCACAUUGUAAGAUUCGUCCAACUCAUUUCGUUGAUUCCAUGGACCAAAUUCGGUCCGCAACCCAAUCACGUCGAUCGAGUGUGACCCCAUCAAAUGUGCCCAUCAUGAUGGACACCCAAGAAGAGGGACCUAAACGGAGAUCCAGCAGAUCACAUCAACUCGGUAAAUUGGAGCAAUCGCGCGGUUACAACAUCCAAGACAUCCACGAACAUGAUAAUGAAGAGGACGAGGAUGCUUGCACGGGGAUAUGUUCAACGUUUCUUAUGGUUAUCUCGAUCUUUUUGGUCGCCAUGACUUUUCCCCUGUCCUUGUUUGUGGUUAUCAAGCAGAUCCAGGAAUAUCAACGAGCGGUCAUCUUCCGCUUGGGUCGGGUCAAGACCAAAGGUGCCAUGGGGCCAGGUUUAUUUUUCGUUCUACCCUGCAUCGAUAAGAUUCGAGUGGUGGAUAUCCGAACUGUUUCCUUCAACGUUCCGCCCCAAGAGAUCCUAUCAAAAGACAGCGUGACGGUGACGGUGGAUGCCGUGGUGUACUAUCGCAUUCAGAAUCCCAUGGCGGCUGUUUGCAACGUGGCCGACUUCAACCAAUCCACUCGUUUGUUGGCGGCCACUUCGCUGAGGACCACACUGGGGAUGAGGAAUCUUACAGAGAUCUUGAGUGAGAGAGAGCAAAUGUCCAUCGGCAUUCUCGAAACUUUGGAGGUCGCCACGGAGCCGUGGGGAAUUAAAGUCGAGAGAGUGGAAGUGAAGGAUGUGAAGCUGCCUCAACAAUUACAACGAGCCAUGGCGGCUGAAGCUGAAGCCACGAGGGAGGCUCGGGCCAAGGUCAUUGCAGCCGAAGGAGAACAAAAGGCAUCCCGAGCCCUGCAGGAGGCUGCCAAUGUUAUCAGCCAAUCUCCGGCAGCCCUGCAACUCCGAUAUCUACAAACACUAUCUCAUAUCUCAGCGGAGAAGAACUCCACUGUCAUUUUUCCAUUGCCGAUUGAUCUUUUGCAAAGUUUCAUGAACAAGCGUUGACUUCAAUGUUUUACAUUGUUUGUCAUGUAUCCUUACCGGGUCCUCGGGAUCCUCCGGACAGUAAUCGACCUAGCCGGAAGAUAACAGCCCUUUCAUACUCUUGAACAACCUAGAAAUAAAAGAAAGUGCAAGGAAA